UGCUACACGUGCUGUUAGCGUUGCAGAUACUGACUAUUUUCAUCUGAUUACUGUGUUAUUACAGAGUACAUCACAGCAGCACCUCGAAACCCCAGACCUUUCCACUACAUUCCAUGACAUAGGAUGCCAGACGGAACCACCACAAAAUAUGUCCGUGGGCACACAGUCCGGAGCUCCAAAAUGAGAACAGUCGGCACACAGCUGUCCAUGGGUACACUGAGGGCUUCCAUGAGAAGCAAAGGCACCCAGGCAACGGUGCCCUGUGUUAGUGUUUACACUGAGACCACUUCAAGCUCCCGAGAAUUCACCCCAAUGUCUUCAACACCUAUAAGACCCCAACAUUACAGACCUGGCAAGAGACCUCGCCUUGAGUUGGAGGAGGAGGAAGAGGAAGAGGGAGACACAUCAACAGAGUUGCAAGCUGAGCCACAAGACUCAACAUAUAUCCCUGGUGACUCUGUUCUAACGGACGACUCUGCCAUGUCGUUUGAACCAGUGUCUACUUAUAAGGAUGAUAAGUACAUUGUUUUUGAAAGCUGCCUAAGGGAGCUUUUUCAAAGCUGUCCUGUAUGCAAGAGGCAGUGUGACGUUCAGCGACGGAAAAUGGGAACGUAUGUGUCAUUCACACAACUCUGCCCACACUGCAACUAUUCAAGACAGUGGCAGAGUCAGCCUGUUGUAGGAAGUACCCCCGUCGGCAACCUACACCUGUCAGCGGCAACGUAUUUCACCGGUGCAUCCUUCAUCCAACUGGAAAAGAUAUGCAAGGCCAUGAAUCUUCAGAUUUCCCAGUAUGACACCUUCAGGAGGCAUGCUAGGAGUUUUCUGGAGCCAGCCAUAAUCCACAAAUGGAAGAUGGAUCAGCAACAUCUUUUUCAAAAGUUACUGCAUAGAGGAAAGAUUGGAGUCAGUGGAGAUAUGCGAGCUGACUCCCCAGGGCACUCAGCAAAGUAUGGGAGCUACACGCUGAUGCACCUAGACAGUAACCGCAUUAUUGACCUUCAGCUUGUUCAGAGCAAUGAAGUAGGUGGUAAUUUCCACAUGGAGAAGGAGGGCCUUAAACGCUUCCUGGAUCUACUGGAUUCAAACGGUUUGGAGGUGGACUACAUUGUCACCGACCGUCAUCCACAGAUCCAGAAGUAUCUGAGGGAGCGCAGCAUCACCCACUUCUAUGAUGUGUGGCACUUUGAGAAAGGUUUGUCAAAGAAACUUGACAAAGUUGCGCAAAACAAGGACUGCGGGGUGCUGAAGAAGUGGCUGCGUAGCAUUAAAAACCACGUCUACUGGAGUGCAACAUCGUCAACAUCAGGGCCAGAGAAGGUAGCCAAGUGGACAUCGAUUGUCAACCACAUCCAGAACGUGCACUUGCAUGAAAACCCUCUUUUCCCUAAGUGCCAACAUCCUGAUAGAGUGUCAAGGGAUCCAAGUAAAUGGUUUAAACCAGGGUCAGUGGCGCUCUACAAAGUGGAAAAAAUCCUGGUCAAUAAGAGGGUUGUCAAAGAUGUGGAGAAGCUGAGCCACCACUACCAAACAUCAUCCCUGGAGGCUUUCCACAGUUUGAUCCUUCGCUUCACACCCAAGAAUGUGGUUUUCCCUUUCAUGGGCAUGCUUUGCAGGACCUGGCAUCGGAUCAUGAGAGACCCUCAAAGGAGGAAGUGGUUGCCCGUCAUGUGUCCCGCUUUGUUCAAGGAACAGUCGGAACCCUACAUAUUAUGCACCCGGAUCCAGAAACUGCAGGCGUAUCCGGCGUACAACGCACAACGGGAUUACCACCCUAACAGUCCUUCCCAAGAAGCCCCAGCACCAGUUGACAAAGCCAAGAGAGGCAAGAUGCCUGUAGCGCCUGUAUGGACAGGAUUGGACAAUAGUGAACAUCCCUCUUAAUUAUAGUGUAUAUCUGUAUUUUUUUCCUAUUAUGUAUA